AUGUGUGGAGUACCAGCUAUUGGCGGCAUUUUUCGUGCAUGCAUGGCAACUGCUUUGGAUUCUUAUUUCACUGUUCUUGCUGAUGGGAGAUUAACGAAAUAUUAUAGUGCAUCUUUGACCGGAUAUCAAUCGGGCAUGUUUUGUUUACGAAGAUCAGAGAAUAUGCAUUUUAGGUUGUGUCUCUCGUUUUCACUAUUACCUUCCUCAGCCGGAGAAGACCCAGUCAAAAAAACGAUGAAUCAGAAAGGUUAUUCCACAAAUCAUUAUCGUAUAAAAAAUCGACCAUAA